AUGAGGCUACGCCUCCCCAAGUUCGGCAAAGCCGAGGAGGAUCCCGAGGAAACAAGGGAGCCAAUGGACAGGAUGCGAUGGUGGGAGCUAACCUUCUCCAUCAGGGGCUUUGAAAAUGUUACAGUUGAGACCCUCAAGCUCUUCUGGACUGUGUCGCUGGGAAGCGAAAAUCCCAAGAAGCAUCGCAAUCGAGUGCGCUUGCAAACGAAGUUUUCGUCUAUCUUCACGCUGGAGAAGGGCAAAGUCUUCACGGCAGACAAUCCAAUAUUGAUGUACGAGAGGAAGACGUUCGCACUUUCCUACAAGGAGUUGGACAAGCAUGUGGUCAAGGUCGACAUGUGGAGAGUGUCCUGCUGGACUUUCAACGAAUACUUUGGCCUGAAGAAGCAAAAGCUGUCUCUCAUUGCGAAUCGCGAUCCGAACAUGGAGCUACGCAUCUUGAGAAAGCUAUCUCGGAAGCAAAUGGCCGACAAAAAGAAAGCCAAGUCAGUGGCUGAUGUCGCGCUGUACAGAUGCACCGUAAACCUCGAAGAAAUAUUCGACUUCGAUUUGUUCU